GUAAUUCUAUUUUCGUUUAAGAGGGCAUGUUAAUCUGCUUAUGUCUCGAAAGUCGAGUGAGGCUUCUAUAAUUUAAUUACGUAUAACAGUAUCAACAAACGUUCGAUAGCUAUGACGAAUUCAUUUAGUUUGUUCUGAACCAUUGGAACUACCACUACUUUUAAAACCUAUCUUCUUCUUUCGAGUAUCAUUCUACCACAAUUUUCUUAUAACGUUUUUUUAAGUUCUUUAGUAAUUUGCACUUAAGAUCUGCGCGCUAAAUCUUAAAAAAAAAAAAAAGCCAAGAAAGAAACCUAUUUCCAAGAGAAAUUUACGUACACAUGGAAGAUUCGAGUGAGAAACAAGAAGAGAAAGUGGAAAUGGAAGAUAAUUGUACCUUGGAAUCACGGAACGAGAAUGGAUUAUCCGUAGAAAAGAGCGUGAUCGAUACAGAGUCUUCGAAUCGAAUUAAUGAGCAAUCAGAGAUUGAUCAAAAUGAAAAAAAUACUACGGAAUGUCCGCAGAUCAUUGAGGAAAAUUUAAACUCGUCCAAAUCGAAAGAGACUGGGACGAAAACAAAGCGUAAAAUAAGAUCAACGCGUAGAAGAUUGAACGCUAUGAUUAAUAACUCGUCGUUACAUUUCUCUGACACCGAUUCAGAGGGAGAGUUAACUACGAUUAAUUCGCAAAUCAAACCUUUGAAUAACACGGAAAAACCGAUUAUUUCCGUCACAUCUGAAGUCAUAGAAAAUGAAAGCUCGAAUUAUUUAUCACUGGAUGAUAAAGAUUUCGUUAAGCGUAAUAAUUUCAUUGAAAAUAUGACAGACGUGGACGAAAUUUAUCCAAGCGAAUUAGAGAACGAAGAAAAAGAGAAUCAAGAUCAUCUUAAGAUUGUCAAUACUCCUUUCCAGACAGAAACGGAUUUUGAAGAUCUCGAAGGAGAAGACGAAGUGCAAUCACCUAUCCAUCUGAAACCAAGAUCUGAUAUAUUUUGCGACUAUAGCGGGGAAACGAUCACGACUAAGGAAGGUGAUGGACCAUUCUCCGUGGAAGUGCGAAAUAAAAUAUAUGGAGAGGAUAGUCCACGGAACGAGACUUGUGGCGCCACGCCAGACAUUGUGGUUAUGUCGAAUACUGACGAAGAAGACAUGGCUGUAUCCGGGGAUGAGGACGAGCAAGAAGCUUGUUGCAGUCAAAAAGAAUUAUUCGAAGAUUUGGACGUUCUUGUUGCGUCUCAAGUUAUUAUGAAAAAUAAAAUGGAGAACUUGUUAACUGUGAAAGAAAUCAGUGAUGACGGAACUAGCGAUUGUCAUACCGAUGUAGAAGACGUUGAUACGAUUGAGUAGAUUAUAAAUUGAAAAUCAUGUGGACGGUAAGAACACGAAUUUAAAGAGUCCGCUUUUUAACAGAUUAUUUCAUGUUACGCAAAUACUGUAAGAAUUUGAUCUGUAUUAGAUCUAGUUUAUUCUAAUUAAGUACUGAAGACGAUGCAAAUGCAUUGAAUAUUAUCUUGUAUGUUAAUCGAUAUUUAUUAUAAUAUAUACAUGUUAUUUUUAUUAUAUAUAUUAAAUUAUAGAGAAUAUGAAAUGAAUUUCAUACGACUCGAUAUAUUAUGUUGUUAUACAUAAUAUCUAUGAAAAAAAUAUUCUAUGAAUACUAAAGAAUUGCCUAUUUUAUAUUCAAUAUUAAACUGAGAAUAUUAAUAAUUUUAAAAAAAUAGAAAAAUAUAUAUGCAUAUAUAUGUUAAACUCUCUCUUAUAUAUUUAUAGGAUCCUAAAGUGAUUAACAAUGAUGUCUUAUCCUGCAUUUAUGUAAUUUUAAAUACAAAAGAUGUUUGUGCUGCAAUUAUAGAAAUAUAUAUUUUUCAUUAUAAUUUGGAUUAUUUUAUGACAAUACUACUUUAAGACAAAAAUAAAAUUUUAAAUUUUUUUCUGUAAUUUCUCAUAUAUCUUGGUUAACAGGUAUGUUAAAAUUUUCUUUUUUAUAUGAUAAAAAAGAACUCAAUUAAACCAUAAUAAAUCAUUUUUUACUGAUAUAUUAAUAUUUUUUUGCGAUUGUAUUUGAAAACAUAUAAAUAUUAAUUGACUGCAAUUAUUACGUACAUAAUAAACAUAUUUAUAUGUAUAAUCAAUUAGAUUCAAAAGUAAGAAAGAAAGACGAGUUUUCUAUUUUAAUAUUUUUAAAAUUUAAUUUAAUUAAAUAAAAAUAUUUUUUCAAUAUAUUCAUAUAUUAUUUUUGACAAAAUUAUUUAAAAAACUUUUUAAAAUAUUUUUGUAAUUUUAUAUUUAAUCAAUUAUCAAAUAUUGAAGCAUUAAAUGGCAUCUAUAUAUAUAUGUAUAUUUUUUUUAAUCAAAUUAUUUUCUAAAAUUAAUUUUCUAUGGAAACUUUUUCUUUCCUUUUUGCACCAUGCUUUGAGUACAAUUUUUAUUUGGACUUUAACAUAUCGAGUGUUUUAAUUAUAAAUCUUUUGAAAGAUUUGAAAUUGACUUGAAAAAAUUAACAAGAGAAAUUGUUAAAAACAGAUUAUGUAUACACAUGUCGCAAAAAUUAACCGACUAAAAUAUUUCUGCUUUAAUGUUAUCAUUUAAUAUUAACGCAAUAUUCUGUACUUACUUGCAGACAAAACUGCCGUCCUCAACAUUAUCAUAGACAACCGUAUGGGAUAUUAAUUUUAAGUCUCGAAGAAUACUAAUUAUAUUUAUAGAUAUUAAAAAAAAAAAAACAAAAAAAAAUAACAAAAAAAGAAAAAAGAACAAUUAAAGUUUAUAGAAGAAUUUAGAGUUAUAUGUAUUAUAUUAUAUAUCUAUAUAUUCCUGUGUGCAUGUUAAAAUUUUAAAGAGAAUUAACAAUGCCUCGAUAACCCGAGAGUUAUUUUUGAAAUUGUAUUUAUUCUUCUGAAAAAAAAGUAUUAUUGUUAUUAUGUACAGUAACAAAAAGUUUACGACAAUGUUGUAUCUCUAUUAACAUUUAAAGAAAAUGAAAUAAAAUAAAAGAGAGAAAAAAAAGAAAAAAAAAAUCGUGUUUACGAGUUGUACACGCUUGUAAAACUUUAAUCGCAUAAUCCUUAAUAAAAAGUUAAUAUUAACGCGAGAUUGUAAAUAUACGUGAGAGAAAAAUGUAUUUCAUUCAUUACAAUGUACCGUUAUCUAAUAAAAAGUAAUGUGAGAAUAA